AUGGCUUUGCGCUACAGUUUCGCUGCCCAGACUAGCGCAUCCGCAGAGAAAUUUUGCGAUUGCGACAGCCGAUACGCCCAGCCUGCAGUAACAGAUAUGCCUAGUUGGAACGUUGGUUAUGAUUUGUUUUCAACGGCUUUUAUUGGUCUCAAAAGAACGGUCAAAAUGAGUCAACCCUCGGUGAUCAACGAUGAAUGGGUGUUGUCUUUCCUUGACCAGCAGAAUAAGUGGGAUUCGCGCAGUGACGCUGAAAGUGUGUCCCAGGCUAUUGAAGCGGCCGAUGCUAUUGACGUCCUUGAAUUUCGUGGGAACACUUUAGGAAUUGAAGCUGGGAAACGGAUCGCUGAGGCGUUGGAAAAACGUCCUGAACUGAAAAGGGCGCUGUGGAGCGACUUGUUCACUGGGAGAAUGAAGAAUGAAAUACCUCCUGUUUUGCGCAGUCUUUGUGAUGCCAUGAUAUCCAGUUCUGCGCGUUUAGUAGAAUUAGAUCUUUCUGAUAAUGCAUUCGGACCUAUUGGAGCGGAAGGUAUUGAACGUUUUUUGCAAAGUUCCUCAGCUUAUUCACUUCAGGUGCUGAAGUUGAACAAUAACGGAUUGGGUGCAGGUGGCAAAGUUAUAGCUCGAGCGCUAAAAAAUUGUUGUGAAAAUGCUCAGAGAGACGGACAGAAGUUUUGUUUACGAUCUUUUAUAGCUGGUAGAAACCGACUAGAAGUACCUGGGGCAGUUGCACUUGCAGAGGCUUUUAAGGCAAUUGGUACACUCGAGGAAAUUAACAUGCAUCAGAAUGGUAUACAUGCAAAAGGAAUUGAAGCACUUGCAGACUCGUUUAGCAACAACCUUGGCUUGAGGAUAAUUAAUCUAAGUGACAAUACGUUUACUACCGUGGGCGCUAAAGCCAUAGCUAAGGUUCUACCACUUCUAACUUCUUUGGAAAGUUUGCAUUUUGGCGAUUGCUUAUGCCGAAGUACAGGGACUAUUGCUCUUAUAGAAAGUAUACACCAUACUACGCAUUCCAAACUGAAAGAGGUGAAUUUAUCGGGCAAUGAGUUGGGUAUUAUUGCUGUAGAGCGGAUCCUAGAUAAGUUAGGAACAGGUUUUCAACUUGAUUCGUUAAUACUGCAUACGAACAAUCUCGGCGAAAAGUUUAGUACGAUGAAGUCACGGUGGACGACCCACUCCUACGUUGACUUGGGCUCAGAAAGUGAUGAUCAAGGGUCUCUGGAUAACGAUGAGGAAGAAGAAGUUGCAUCAGAGGAGUCAGGUAAUGAGGGAGAUGAUGAGCACACUGAAGAUACAGAAAGCUUUGUGAAAACGGAACGUCAUCGUCCAACAUUGCCAGGUGUAACUGUGGAGGAUGUUAUUGCAUUUAUCCGCAGUCCCACUCACGAACUUUUAUUAAAUUUUAUGGCUAAGCAAAGCGCGUUUGCUGCGAUUAUUCGGGAUGAGCUGGACACUAGGACGCACGACCUCACUGCAGCUUUUUUGUACUCUUUAGGGACGUUGGCUUCAGUCAAUGAAACUGAUUUUCAUGUUCAUAUGAAUAUUGUCACCAUUGCCGAAUCUAUAGUCAAAAUUGCUCAAGAUGUAAAACGAUGGCCGCUUUCGACUGUCGAUCAAAUUUUCAAUACUGUAUUGGCUUACGGAACUGUCACUGAGAGGGAGACCGGACAAUCGUUUUAUGGUGACGUUAAAGGUCUGAUUUUUCUGUUCAGUGCACUGCUGAAAAAGGGUUAUUUGAAAACAUUUCUACCGUGGCUUAAUGAUGUUUUAUUGCGUGGUUUUUUGAACACCUAUUAUAUUUAG